CCAAAAAGACGAUUUUAUGCCAACGCAAAGUUGGCCAACAAUCUGCAAUUUCAGUCUGCAAACGGUCAGCCAGGUGAACGGCAGCCAAGACAGGUUGGCAACACAUACCAAAGCGGAAAAUAUAAAUACAACAGUCACUGAAGAGUCGUCAUAAUGAAGAGAGCCACAAGCUGGCUGAUCAUAACAGCGACAGUGCUGUUAUUGGGUCUGCUCAGCUCUGCGGAUGCUGCGCUGCCCUUCAAAAAGGUUUCCAUUGCCAAAAAUCCCGCCUCUACAACCACAAGCACAACGACCACCACAACGACUCCAGAGCCUGUCACAGAGAAGGAGGAGCCGCCCACUGCUGAGGGCGAGGAGGGCAAGUCGGAAAAUGGCACGAUCUCAAAGAGAAAACUGACGGGCAUACCCCAAAUCGAUUAUGUCUGGGAUCCAAAUCUGCCGAGGGAGCUGAGAGGCUACAAUCUCUCGACCUAUCCUUUCUUGUCUUCCGUUCCGCCCAUGGAUGAGAUCCACUUCAAGUGCGAGGGUCUACACGAUGGCUUCUAUGCCUCCAUUGAGUACAAAUGUCAGAUCUAUCAUCAUUGCGUCUAUGGCAUACGACACGAUUUCCUUUGCGCCAAUUUCACGGCCUUCGAUCAGCGCACCUUCAUUUGUCACUUUGCCUCCGACGUGGACUGCGAGGGCUCGCAAAAGUAUUGGAACAGAAACGAUGAGCUGUAUAUGGCCACCACUACGUCUUCGACGAGUACCACCACAACGGAGCCACCACCACCACCACCGCCGCCACCCAGACGUCGAGGUCAACGUCCCUACCAUCGGCCCUACAACCGCCGACCCGUGGAUGACUAUUACUACGACGAGACUGACGAUGAGUACUACGAUGAUCGCUAUAGUCGUCGCAAUCCACGACCCCGCCCACGCAAGCCACAGCUGGACUACGACGAUGAGUACGAUGAGAAGAAGCCGCUGCGACACAAUAGAAAUCGCUACAGGGAUGAGGAAGAUCUAAUAGACGAGGACUACGAAGAUCGUCGUAAUAGACCUGGCGGCCGUCGAGGAAAGCCCCCAGCGGGCGCAGUCGGACGUGGUAAGGCAGUGCCCCGCAAGCCCGGACGAGUGGAUGAGCGUCGCAGCUUUACUGAGGACCGCGAUGUAGAGGAACCACGUCGUGCGGCUGGCAGACGCCGCAGCAGCGAUAAGCGCCCGACGCCCUCGACAACAGCUGUGUUGGAUGAGCUCGAUGAGUACGAGAAGCCGUACGAGCUGGAUCAGGAGGAGGCAGCCGAGGAGCAGACUCCACAAAAAGUAAAAACCACGCCCAAGCCGCUGACCGAGUUCGUCACGCCGAAAGCAGCGGCUUCCUCUGUCUACGCCCGUCCACGUGCCCCACCCCGCAUAGCCCGUCCCGUGCCCGUCAACGAGAAGAAGAAGUACUCCUAUCCAGUGCAGAAGAACACGGCGACUACGCCAGCUUCAGCUGGUAACGAGCAGGAGGACGACGAUUACUAUCAAGAUCGUGAGCAGCAGGAGGAUGACUAUGAGCAGCCCGUACAGCCAGCGCGCUCUGGCUCUCGUCGACGCACUGCAGCGCCCAAAGAGCAGAAGCCCACGCGCUCCACGCUACGCAAGCCGGUCACAGACAAGAAAACACUGCUGGAUCUGGAAGACGACUACGAGGUGGAGCAGAGGGAGACGCCACGGCGCAAGCGUCCGCAGGCCAUCAGAGCGCGUGUCCCACCUGCCGAUGUGGACUUUGUGGAUGAUGUGGACUACGAGGAGCGACCAGUGCCUGUACGAGGUCGCGUGCGUGCCAAGGCAGGAGUAGUACGUAAGCCCGUCGCGCGUCCACGCCAGCCCAUUGUCCACGAAGAGGAAGAGGAGCUGCUGGAGCCCGUCAGCGAGGAGCUGUCGGAGCAGCAGCGUGCUCCUCCAGCGCGCACCAAGUCCAACUCCUUGGCGAGCUUAACUCCGGCGCGUCGUAAUCAGAAACUGGCGCUGGCCGCGCGUCAGCGUGCGCUGCCCACCUCCACGACAACAGCAGCACCAGCCCUGGAAGAGGAGCUAGCCGAGGAGGAGCCAUUGCAGGCGGAGAAUGAAGAGCCUGAUGAGCCACUGGCGCCCGCAGCACCACCUAAACACCUGCGACCCGCUUCGGUACGUGUGGUCAAGCGACCCUUCCUGCCGUCGCGUGGCGGCAGCCCCUAUUUGCCGCGUGGCCUGCAGCCGGUGGGUGUGGCAGUGCGAACGGGCCAGCUAGCCAAUGAGGCGCGCACCACAGACAGCACGCCCAUUGACAUGGGCUCGACCAUAUCGGGCGUGCGCCUGCUGGAGCAUGGAGCUCCACUGCUGCGCGGCGAACAGCCAGACAGCGAUAGUGAUGAGCUGCCGGCACCGUCGCCCAACCCACCGCGCACCACAUUGCCGCCACGCAGUGCAUUGCCCACGCCGGUAACGCCGCGUCGCCCCGAGCCACCACAGCCGGUCAAGCUCAAUCUGGACGAACUCUAUGAGAACGACUACGAUGUGACGCUGAACGAUGCGCUCGAUCCCACGCUUAAACCGCUUACGCCACUGCAUCCACAUCAACAGCAUCAGCAUGCCAACUAUCAGAGCCGGCCCUAUGCCAGUGCGUAUUCAGCUCCUGCACAUGGUAGCGGGUCGUAUAAUCCAUUUGCCGGCCAUGCCAGUGGCAACAGCAACUAUCAGCAGGCAUCCAUCUAUCAGAAUCAUUCGCCGUCAUCAUCCAUUGCAUCCGCUUCGCAGUCUCAGUCACUGUCACAGUCACAGUCACCGUCACCGUCACAGUCACAGUCACAGUCACAGUCGCAAUCGCCACCGAACUAUCAUAGUGAUUCCUAUUUCUCAUCGACAGAUAUACGCCGGCGAGCGAUUGUCCCGGCGCAGAACGCGCGUUCACAUAGACACGAAUACGCUGCCCGAGGAGCAGUGAGUGGCGCCCAAGUGGGCACACGACUUGCCCAGCAUUACUAUGAUGAGUUUGCAUAUUAGAGUCGCGGUUACAAGUCUGUGAAAAAUUAAGUUUCUUCAGCUGUAUAUAACUUUCAACAACUAGAAGGCAGAUCGGUUGCCCAGGCAACUGCUUUUCUACACUAUCUUUUACGCUAUCUAAUUAUAAUAUAUUUUUUCUCUAGUUAAAGUUCAAGCAGGCAUCAUUUUAUCAGCUCAAUUUGCGCUUAACUUUCUACAUGAAACAAACAAAAGAAAACAAAAACACUAAAUUUAAUAAUAUAUACAUUGUAUAAUACUCAAUUGUCGUGAUAGUAGCCGAGACAAAAGGUAAUCUUCAAAUUUUGUCUGCUAAUUUUUAUGUAGUACACAAACAACAAAUCAAUUCAACAUUAUGAACAACAAACAAGAAACAUCAACAAUCAACGUGAACAGCCUCUGCGCUUAGCUAAAUACUCGGACAAGAAAAUUAAAACAAAUUAAUUUAAAUUUAGUAUGCAAGACAACAUUUUGUGUGCGUGUUAAUAUUUAAGCUGUAUUCUAGGCUCAAGUCGAGUGCUUAAACAAAAUUAAAGAUAUGAAACAAAACAACUAAAA